CUGAUUGGUCCAUUGUGGAAUACAAUUUUCCCUAAAACCACGAGCGGGUAGAGACUGUUUUUGUCAUGCCUCCGGUUAUUAUUCACAGAGUAAAUCGCUGUUCAACAGGUGGCUUAGUAGAGUUUGUAGUAUCGCAGUCGUGAUUUAGUUAUUCUCUCUUUCUAUCUACGCUAAAAAUAUCCCACUGCCAGCCUUUACUAAUCAAAGCGUCGGAAUGGUAAACUUUUUAUGACACGUGGAACUUUUUGUUUGUUUGUUUUUUUUAGACUUAGACUUUUUUUUUAAUAGGUUUUUGUUGUUUGGUGUUUUAUUUGGUCGGGUAAACUCGCCUAGUGUGUUUAGCAUGCGGCAAUAAGCUGCACCUGCGCCCUAUUAUUUUGCCUUGAGUUUAUUUCGGCUGAUACUUAACUUUUUCGAUUCAAACAAGCUUCCGUGGAAGAUCACCAUGAUGUACAGCAUGAUGGAACACGAACUUAAGACCCAGCCGGGUCAACAAAAUCCUCACCCGAACGGCCAAAUCAUGUCGCAACACGGCGGCUCCGGAAACGUGCCACAGGCGGCUCCGAAAAGCGCGUGCCCGCCCGGAGUAGACCCCAUGGACAAAGUGAAGCGGCCCAUGAACGCGUUUAUGGUGUGGUCCCGAGCUCAGAGGCGCAAGAUGGCCCAGGAGAACCCAAAGAUGCACAACUCGGAAAUCAGCAAGCGCCUGGGCGCCGAGUGGAAACUGCUGACCGACGCUGAGAAGCGGCCGUUCAUCGAUGAGGCCAAGCGGCUGCGCGCCGCGCACAUGAAGGAGUACCCCGAUUACAAGUACAAGCCUCGGCGCAAGAGCAAGCCACCAAUGAAGAAGGACAACUCUGCGGCGAAGUAUCCUCCGCUCCCCGGCGGUAGCCUGCUGGCCGCGGCGCAUGCGCAGAGUGGGAGUCCGCGUGUGGACAGCUACGGCUGGGCUCCGACUGGAAGCUAUGCGGCGGUACAGGGUGACGCUCUCGCUUACCAACAGCAACUGCACCGGUACGAGCUUCCGCUCCAGUACGCAGCGCCCAUGUCGCAGUCCUACAUGAAUGGCGCCAACUCCUACAGCCCAAUGUCAUACAGCAGCAGUCCCCAGCAGCCCAGCCCUGUAAUGUCUAUGGUCAAGCCAGAGGCCUUCACUCACUCGCCCACUGGAGCAACAAACCACCAUCGUGGAGCAGUUCAAGGUGACCUUAGGGACAUGAUCAGCAUGUACAUCCCUGGCGGUGAUGUAGGGGACCCUACAGCACAGAGGGGCUACCCAAGUGUCCAGCAGCACUAUCUGGGCAGUACUGUGCCCCUUACACACAUCUGAAGUGGAGGAGGAAAAGGACUGGGAAUAGCUCAGCUGGAUCACUACGUAGACUUGUAGUGCAACAAGUAAUCUGUAUGGAUUCUUGGUGGAUGUUGUGAGUACCUGUUGCACAUAGGAACAUUUUCUACCUCUUUGAGUGAUCUUGGUCUGGUUUAUUUUUUAUUUUUGGUCCCCCUGUAGAUUUGUUCACUCCCUUCCUCUGGCCCCCUUUUUUGUGUCCCCCCCCCUUUCUUUUCUGCCCAGAAUCUCACCUUCAACGCAGCCUGGAGGUUCUUUCCGCAAGAGCUUUCUAAUAUGGAUGGGUAUGACAUGUCUGUGUAACUGCCAUUUUGUGGCUGUUCACAACUUUUGAAAAUUUAGUUUUUAUUGUAGGACAUUCCUUUUGUACAUAUGAUCCAAAUUUUGAAAUCUGACUGUGUGCCUUUGUGCUGUGCUUCAUUAACAGGGAUUGGGGAUAUUCAUGCAGUAAAAGGCAAUCAUGAUCAAAAACCAAAAUGGGGCAUAGAACAGGGGACAUGGGCACACUAAAAUCAUGUCCACUAAUGAUUACUAUAGUCAAUGAUGUGCAAAUCAUGUGACCUAUGAAGCAAGUGUAAGCCAGUUUUGUAGUCUGUGCCUUUUUUUUAAAAAUGACAAAUGUGGUGAUUAUUUUAAGUGUUGGGUGAAUUACAGCUAAUUGAAUUUAACAGCUCAAGAAAGAAAAUCAGGCAUCAUGAUCAAGUUUGAAAGUUGGCGGUAAUUGUUUAAUUUUUUCAGCUUACUUUUGAAGUACAUGUAGCGACCAAUCACAAUGGCUAUGGUCUUCUCACAACAAAUUCUUUUGACGAUUAAGAAUACCUUACUUUUCCACACCAUCCUUUUUAACAGAUAACUAAUAUGCAUUAGUUGCACAAAUGAACCAUCAAAGUCAUCAUGGGAAGUAGUCUACACAAAGAAAUCCUACAUUUCAGCAAUAGCAUGUCCAAUGCAUUUACUUUUUAGCAUGAGACUAGCACUAUGACAUUCCCCUUUUAAUAUCUGAUUUUAAAAUAAUAAAAAAAAACAAUCUGAAUGCACUGUUCUUUACCCUCCUAUCAGUACCAGGUAUUGCCUUAGAUGAAGACUAUGUACUAGUCUGUUGGAGUCUAUGUGGAGGGGCUUUUACUACUUGGUUCUGAAAAUUGGAAAAGGAGGGUGUAUCUUUUUAAAAUAACUUGUACAUCCAUUGGGUGCAGGAGGACCCUGUUUAUUGCUUGUAUAAUGCCAGAUUUGCAUAACUCAAAUGGCAAUAGUAGUAUGCAGGUGCUGCUAAGUGCAGCUAAGUCGGAAGCGUGUUGCUUUUUUGGGGGGUUAUUUGAUGGUCUAACUCAGUUAGUCUAGCGUUUUCCGUUUGUCGAACAAGUUUUAGUGUAGGAGUCUAGUGGUAACUAAUGAGUUAAGAACUUUAAUGUAAUUUAUAUUAAAGUAAUGAAAUGAGUGAAUGUUUACAUUUGCCUUCCAGGUGAGUGUGCAACUUGCCGUUUCAAUGUAAUUUUUAAAAGUCCUUUUAAUACUUUCUGUAAAUAGCCUUUGUACAGUUUUUAUGGCCCUUAUAAGGGUCUUUUGUGUAAACAAAAAAAGCUAAAAAAAAAAUAAAAUAAAUUGUAUUAAAAAAA